AUGCCAGACACAGGCUGGCUCUCGGAGUUGCAAAAGUUUGGCACUUUUUCCUUUCCCUGGCCUUUUGAGGUGAAGAUUUGUGAGCCAGGAGGAGGUGGAAUCCUCCUUCCACUUUUUGGGGAAGAUGAGCAGGAAUGGCGGAAAGGUUUGAGGGCAGUUCUCUACCUGCUUGGCCUGCUCUGGCUGUUCAUGGCCGUCGCCACCGUUUCUGACAUCUUUAUGGGUGCCAUUGAAGAGAUCACAUCCAAGAAGAAGCGGGUCUUGAACUCUACAACUGGAAGACACUUCACUGUCAAGGUUUGGAAUGAUACGGUUGCAAAUCUGACGCUCAUGGCGUUGGGGUCAAGUGCGCCGGAAAUCCUUUUGUCAGUCAUCGAACUGCUUGGGAAUAGCUUCUACAGCGGAGAUCUUGGGCCCUCAACGAUAGUAGGCAGUGCUGCCUUCAACCUUUUUUGUAUUUCAGCAGUAUGUGUCAUGGCCAUCCCAGACAACGAGGUGAGAUACAUCAAAGAAAUGAACGUUUACCUGAUAACUGCCGUUGUUUCCCUGCUAGCAUACCUUUGGCUGUACCUCGUGGUGUCAGUGAUCUCCAAGGACAUGGUGGAUAUAGUUGAAGGCAUUCUCACUUUUCUCUACUUCCCAAUGCUUGUCGGGCUUGCCUUCGCCGCAGACAAAGGGUACAUCACCUUCAUCAGACGGACAAACUCGGAUCUUCACAUUGCCCACAAGGGCAAACUGGAGCUGACGGACGAGGAUGUCGCACGCCUUAGCAAGGCAGAUGGCAUGCAGCUCUCUGACGAGGAACUCGCCAAGUACAUGGGCACAGAGUCACAGAGAAUGUCCAAGGCAGCAUAUCGCAAGCGUGCUCAUGAUAAAGUCUACCACGGCAAGCCCGCUGAAUCACAAAAGCAUCAAAGGAAUCAGAACUUCUCUGCCGUUGUGCCUGCAGAAGAGCCUCCUCUGCCACCAUCAGGUGCCUACAUAGCUCCACCCAAUCCUUCAGCAACUGUGCUGUUCGGUGGCGAGAAUUUCGCUGUGCUUGAGACGGUUGGCCUAAUCAAAGUGCCUGUGCGGCGCACUGGGAACUUGUCUCUGACAGUGCACGUGGAUUAUUCAUGCAGAGAUGGCCUUGCAAGAAGAGGUGAAGAUUACGAGGCAGUAGAAGGCACGUUGACCUUCCUUCCACACGAGGCUGAGAAGACAAUUGAUAUCAAGAUCAUGAAGGAUGAUAUCCCGGAGGAAAGUGAGGAUUUUUUCGUGGAUCUCACAAACGUGAGAUGUGCGUCCAAGGAGGGCUUUGCAGCUCUUGGGCCGGUGGCAACUGCGAGGGUCGUCAUUGUCGACACCGAUGAGCCUAGCAUCAUUUACACUGAUGAUGACGUGGUGCAGGUUGAUGAGGCUUCCAGAGACAAGGAAGUGAGCAUAACUGUCAGGCGUCGUGAUGGCUGUGGAGCCGUGUCCUGCAAGUACGUGACGGAGGAUGGCAGCGCAGUGGAAGGUCGUGACUACGCCCGAGCUGAGGGCGUGGUCAGGUUCGGUCCACAGGAGUUCAGUGCAGAGGUUGCCAUCACCAUUCUGAGCUCGGCCACCUUCGAAGACAAGGAGGACUUCCGGCUCAUUCUAUCAGAUGCGACAGGGCGAGCUGGCUUUGACCCUCAAACGGAUGGGGGAGCCGACAGCUGCAUUGUCACCCUGGUGCUUACGCCGGAGGAGGUGUCCAAAAAUUUGGCGCACCGAACAAUGCGGGCCUUGGGCGUGAACUGGCAGAAAACGCAGAAGGGCCACGAGAACUGGAAGGACCAGUUCAUCAAUGCAUUGCUAGUCAAUGGCGGUGAUGACGAGGCGGGUCCCCCCUCUGGCUUUCAGUGGGCAUUGCACCUGUUGACACUCCCAUGGAAACUACUAUUUGCCAUCAUUCCUCCAGUGGACUAUUGUGGUGGUUGGCUCUGCUUCUAUGGUUCGCUCAUGUUCAUUGGCCUUGUCACUGCCCUUAUCAGUGACUUGGCUGGCCUUGUGGGCUGUGUGCUGGACAUGCCUGACUUCAUAACCGCAAUCACGCUGGUUGCCUUGGGCACCUCUUUGCCAGACACCUUCGCAUCCAAAGCUGCCGCGGAGCAGGAUCCGUAUGCCGAUGCCUCCAUAGGCAACGUCACCGGCAGCAACUCGGUGAAUGUGUUCCUGGGGCUGGGAUUGCCUUGGACGAUUGGUUCAGUCUAUUGGGCGUCCGUCGGACGCACUGCUGAGUGGCAGUCCAAGUACCAGUCAGAGGCAGACUUUGCCCUGUGGAACACCGGAGAUGGCAAAUUCAUUGUGAUAGGUGGUGAUUUGGGCUACAGCGUGGUGAUCUUCUGUGGCGGGGCCUUCUUUACGAUGCUCAUUCUGUUCCUGCGAAGGAAGGCCUUCGGUGGAGAGCUUGGCGGCCCAAGGGUCUGUAAGCACAUCACUGGCGUGAUCCUGGUGAUGGUCUGGUGUCUGUAUGUAGUGUUGUCCUCCGUCAAGUCUCUCGAAUCUGCUGCAGCUGAGAGCUGCAGAUGA